CAUUUUUACGUUACCGUGUAAGCAAACAAGUCAAACUUUCAAUGCUAAGCUAAUGGGUUUUUUUCAAACGCUCGGUUCAAUUUUUGUUACAGAUUUUUGCGACUAUGCUAGCCGUAACAAACUGAAAACUUCGUGAAUAAUGGUUCACCUUAUGUGAAAUAAGAAUUCCUUGUAAAGUGAUGUGUUGUGUACGGUUGAGGCUGUUCUAAGCCAACAUGAAUCUAGUGCAGUUUUUUCUAGGCAGCCAAACAAAGGAACAGUAAUUGCAUCAAUAGUGAUUUUUUUGAUUCACGGCGAAAUCUCAUGUGAACGAUCGUAUUGUGGAUGAAUAUCGGUGUUCUCUUCUCUAUUGGAGAUUUAGGGUAUACCUCUAAUGGCGCAAUCCUUUAGCUGGGUGGAGGGUGCAUGAUACACAGUUGAAUGCGUUUGAGACGGUAGCUAGAAUUCGAAAUGCAACUGUAUCACCACAAUCAUCUAGGGCCAACGAAAACAGAGGACCAGCUAAAAGCCAAAUCGGUUCCAUUGUGUUCAGUGAAUGAUGUCCAACUGCGCUUCCUUUGCCCGGACGAUCUGGAGGAAGUGCGAACACUCUGUCAGGACUGGUUUCCCAUUGAUUAUCCGCUGUCAUGGUACGAAGAUAUUACCUCAAGCACACGGUUCUUUGCGUUGGCAGCAGUGUACAAUUUCACAAUCAUCGGUUUGAUAGUGGCGGAGAUUAAACUGUACUCGAAAUUGAACAAAGAGGAUCGCGGUAUUUUAUCGGAAUCGAUGGGUCGUGAAGCGGAAAUCGGCUAUAUUCUUUCGCUCGGUGUGCAUCGCAAGUACCGCCAAAACGGUAUAGGAUCACUAUUGUUGGACUCUCUUAUAAACCACCUGACGACGGCCGAACGGCACAAUGUGAAGGCAAUAUUUCUGCAUGUUCUCACUACCAACCAAACCGCCAUACUAUUUUACGAACGGAGAGGAUUCAUACUCCACUCAUUUCUGCCUUACUACUACUCGAUUCGGGGGAGAUGCAAAGAUGGCUUUACCUAUGUGUCCUACAUAAACGGAGGACAUUCACCGUGGACGUUAUAUGAUCAUUUAAAAUACUGGUGCUCCCUGGUGGUUACUGCUGGUGGUCUGUGUUCAUGGAUCAGCGGACGACUCCGGAGUGCGAUUCGUUGGGUUUGUUAUCGGACGAUUUCUAGGUUUACAUUUUCGCAAGACAACUGAGAGUGCGGAAGUUGAAAGCAAUUCUAACUUCGUCUCUGUGCUAUCUUGGAGCAUUUGCAUUUCGGUUUUUUCUCACAUGACUCAUUUCAAAUAACAAAGUAAAUUAUUUGAUAAAUAAUCUCACUAAACUGCGCAAUAAAAUUACAAAAAAAUUUUUGUAUUGUAAAAAAUAUUCAUCAUAUUUUAGCCAACACUCUCAAACGUGAUAUGAUACGAGAUAACACAAAUUCAAAAAUUUGGAACAGUGGUUACAUUCUUUAAGAUCGGUGAUUAUUUAGUUCAAUUUAAUAAAUGCACAAACGCGAUUAGGAUAAGCGAAAAUGCUGGGUAACUUUAAUUUACUCAGCCAUCAGUUUUAUCGCAGACAGUAGAGUAACUGUUGUAUAUAAUUAGAUAUAAUUGUUGACCAAUAAAUUGUUACUCCAUUUUUGAAUGUAUUGCACAUCAGAUUAGCGUAUUAGUUUGGUUCUGUUUAAAUUCGAAGGAAGUCUUUCUAAUUUAAUUAAGCACAAUGCAGGAUCAUUUUAUUUAUGAAACAAAUGUUAUUUAUAAUAGUUUACUUCAACUCCGCUCAUACAAUAUUCACAAUCCAACGUUCAACGAUUGACAUUUAAUUGCAUAUCAACUGAUAUCAGGUUCCUUUUAAGGCGUUUAUAACUUGCACGCUUCAAAGUAAUGAUCGCCAGUAAUGCUCCAGUGAAUAGAAUGCAUUUUAACUUCACAAACGUACAGAAAAAAGGUUUUUAUUUAAACCAACACAACUUCGCGUCAAACAUAAGCGUUUAUUUUACGACAAUAAUGGCGUUAAUUCCCGGGCUCCGCAGGCCGGCUAUAUAUUAUUUUUAAACAUAAGUAACGUCGAUUACUGUAGGUUUGAUUGAUCGCUUAAUCGACGCGUCUUCGAAGACAAAAGACCCACAAAGCAGACAAAAUAGGAUAAGAAACUAAUAUUUAAUACGGAAGAAGUUAUUUAUUGAAUGAUAUGCACACUGAGCUCUUGAAAAGGGAACAAAGUUUAGUUAUGCCAAAAAUAAACGAUGCAAAAAAGGAA